GGUGUACCUACCAGCCAACCACUUACGUAGGGAGCACUCCCUUCGUACUCUUAUUCUUACAAUGAUACUAGCCGAGCUAGCCCCGAUCGAUAUGUAUUAAUCAAUUAAUAAUCAGCACAACCGACUAUCUAGAUAGAUAGAGUACGUCACGAUCUAGCGAAAUUUUAUCCCCCAGUCCCAAGGGAAAAAUGUCGAUUUCACAGAUGUUUCAACGAUGAAGGGAAGAGAAGAAAGAAUCCCAACGGAGUUUCAUGGGUGUCCGAAGUGCAUUUACAUCUAUCCAUCUCCAAACAAAACACUUUCAAGCCACAUCGGUCAUUCCAUACUCUUUGAUGCUGUGACUUUGUGACUAUUAUCCUCCAUUAGCAAAUCAACAAUACCAGUACUAGGAGGUAAUAUCUACUAGUUGGCUCAAAUAUAGGAACGGCGAGUUCUAGAAGCUAGGCUGACAUCAAGCUCCCCUCCACACGGCAAGAGGUAGUAGUGUCUUGUCAUCCCAUGGUUCCAUAGUUCGAUUGCAUUUACUUUUCUUUCCGCUCCUCUGCUUCGAGACAUUCCCACAACUUCGAACCAUUGUAAAGAACCAUAACCAUCGUCGCAUUUAGACACGUUCAACUGGAUAUCGCAGAUAUGACCGUCGUCCAUGUUUUAGACGAUUACUACCUCGCAAUAACGUUCUUGAUUACAGUUGCAUAUCAGUUGUUCUUCUUCGCAAUUGCAUUUUCUCUCAAAUUUGAUAAACUGACAGAUUUUGCUGGAGGAACGAAUUUCGUUGUGCUUGCCAUCAUAACGCUUGCAUUCAGUGGCCAUCACCAUGCACGUCAAAUCGUCGCCUCUCUUUUUAUCAUGGUGUGGGGAGCACGUCUGUCAGCUUUCCUAUUAUUCCGAAUCCUGAAAACCGGAAAAGAUGAUAGAUUCGAUGAUAAGCGUGACAACUUCUUCAAAUUUCUUGGGUUUUGGGUAUUUCAAAUGUUCUGGGUUUGGGUUGUCUCUUUCCCGGUCACCAUACUGAAUUCUCCCAAAGUCACGAGAUUCCCACAGCCUGCUUUCGGCACUGCUAGUGAUAUUGCUGGAGUCAUUCUUUACGCCAUUGGUAUUAUCAUGGAGAGUGUGAGCGAUAUUCAGAAAUAUCUCUUCAAAGUCAACAAUAGCGACAAAUCAAAAAUUUGCGACAAGGGCUUCUUCUCAUGGAGUCGUCACCCAAAUUAUUUUGGGGAGAUCAUCAUUCAAUUUGCUAUCUAUAUGAUUGCAGUCUCACCUGCCGCCGAGGGCUAUGUUCAUGGCGGAGCCCGUUCAGCUCUUUAUGCUUCAAUUCUUGGUGCAAUAUUCCUCACUACCCUACUUAUGUUCGUAUCAGGCUUGACACUCCAAGAAAGACCUGGAGCAAAGAAGCGAUAUGAGAAGGACAAUCACUGGCAGGAAUACUCUCGAUAUUUAAACCGAACGAGCAUUCUCAUACCUUUCCCACCACAGCUCUACGAGAAGCUCCCUACGAUAUUGAAAAGAACAAUUUUCUUGGAAUUUCCCAUCUAUGUAUUCGAUCCGGCAAAGCAUUCUGAUGUCGGAAGAGGUCAGCAUGGUGCAGAAGAAGGUCGUCAAUCGCAUGGACAAGAUCGACAAAGUACUGAUGCUUUGGCUAAUUGAGAUAAGACAUUCAUAACAUUGUCAUAUAACGUCCGCUAUUUUUAACUCAAACAUGGAAGUCUGCGAUGGCGAAGCUUUCGUCAUUUCUUUAAUUAACUCUCGUCCAGGAGUAUCCCCUUAUUUCAUCCAGUCUGACAUUUACGUCGCAACGAAGCUCGCGUUCAGUUUAGCAACACAAUUUGUUUAUAAUUCAUGUGUAAUAGAUAGUAGCUAACGAUAUCCUCAAAACUAUUUAAUACCCCAAAAAUCAUCAUCAAGAAACA